AUGCUCACCCCCCCAGUACGAAGCAAUGCUCCCCGCCCCAGUACGAAGCAAUGCUCCCCGCCCCAGUACGAAGCAAUGCUCACCGCCCCAGUACGAAGCAAUGCUCACCGCUCCGGUAUGAAGCAAUGCUCACCGCCCCAGUAUGAAGCAAUGCUCACCGCCCCAGUACGAAGCAAUGCUCACCGCCCCAGUAUGAAGCAAUGCUCACCGCCCCAGUACGAAGCAAUGCUCACCGCCCCAGUACGAAGCAAUGCUCACCGCCCCAGUACGAAGCAAUGCUCACCACCUCAGUACGAAGCAAUGCUCACCGCCCCAGUACGAAGCAAUGCUCCCCGCCCCAGUACGAAGCAAUGCUCCACGCCCCAGUACGAAGCAAUGCUCCCCGCCCCAGUACGAAGCAAUGCUCCCCGCCCCAGUACGAAGCAAUGCUCCCCGCCCCAGUACGAAGCAAUGCUCACCGCCCCAGUACGAAGCAAUGCUCCACGCCCCAGUACGAAGCAAUGCUCCCCGCCCCAGUACGAAGCAAUGCUCCCCGCCCCAGUACGAAGCAAUGCUCCCCGCCCCAGUACGAAGCAAUGCUCCAAGCGUGCCUUCACCAACGGCCGGCUAAUGAUGUCAGCGUGUGCUGUAAUGCAAUAG